AACAUUUCCAGACCACAAAGAUGACCUGUCACUCCUCCACAGCCCCCGUCCCCAGACUCGGGGAUAAUUAUACAAAUUUCAUCACCAGGCCAACGAUGAGCAGGCACCAGGUCUCCUAGUCAUGUGACGUCUAUACACUCAUCAAUCCAGUGUUGGCGGAGUUACAACAACGCACAUGCAUGUUUCUGCGUAUAGUCAGUCACUGAUUUCAUUUACAUGCUGGGGCCGAUUUAGUGAUGAUGGUUGAUGACUAAACCAUGAUGGAAGAGGACCCUCAGGAGUUGUCCUACUCCUCCGAACACAUAGAACAACUUCUCCAGUGUGCUAUCUGUCUGGACAGAUUCAAACAACCUAAACUCUUACCAUGCCAGCAUACAUUUUGUGAAACUCCAUGCCUUGAAAACCUUGUUAAUUUUCUCACAAGAAGUAUAAAAUGUCCGGAAUGUCGAGCAGAGCACCGUGUCCCCUAUCAGGGCGUGUCGUCAUUUCCAAACAAUCUUACAAUCAGGAACUUCCUAGAAAUUCCUACAAAACGUAUCCGGCGGACCAAGCCACCUAUGGCUGCAGCUUCACGUUCUGGGUGUACUAUCUGUACAAGGGAGGCAACUCUGUCGCGAUGUGCUCACUGUGACCAAGUUGUAUGUGAUGCUUGUAAACGAUCUCACAUGGACCACGUCAAGCUUGAUGUGGCACGUCUUGUCAGCCAGAUACGACGUGGUAUACCUCACAUGUCUGAUGCUGUUAAUCACAUGGAGAUAAAGAUUGAGGCCCUACGACAACGGUCCGAAGGUGGUAAGGCUGAAAUCACAGAAAUCAUAGAAAAAUACAUCACAGAGCUUCGGGCUCGACAGCGUAUAUUACACAGUGAAGUAGAAAUGUUUCUCCUCGGGGAGAUUCGCGCACUCAGGAUGCAUCAGGAAAACCUAGAAGUGGAGAUGGCCAGUAUAGCUAGCUUCUGUGAUACCAACGAGUCAACCCUUAGUAGAUCUCAGCAACAUAUACCUGAUGAGGAAAUUGUGGAGGCAAAGAAACAGUGUGUGGAAUACAUGGAAUCGUUACGCUUGUAUGAAUUAGGUAACUAUCCCACACCAAGAGAACGAUCUCUUCAGUUUUACAUGGAGGAAAACAGACUUUCAAACGCUAUUGCAGGUUUUGGAGAAAUUGUGACAAAUAAUUCACAGUCGACUUCGGAGAGCCAGUCAUCUGCCUCCUCUAGAGAUUCCUCGCCCCUUGUGUCCCUGUCAAAUGUUGUGUCUACCACACCUUCUUUGACCACACCCACCACUUCUACCAUCUCCACAGCCAGUUCUGGUACCAUGAACACAGACAGAGCCCUGGCUCUCAUCAGGGGGAGCCACCUCAAUGCUUUUACAACACCUGCUCCAUCUCCCGACGUGGAUUCAGAGCCACGGAUUAAUCCCACACCACGCAGGACACUUCAGGAGAGGCGGCGUGCACACAUGUCCGACUCCAGAAUUGCGGGGCUGAUGGCAAGUGGCGGAGGGGGAGGUGGUGGAAGUUCAAGUCCAAGGACCACAACAGCCAGCGCCUUACGAGAGCGUCGCCUGAAUCGUAGUUUGAGUACAGGGGCCUCUUUGUUUACACCAGGUGGAGGUCUCUCAAGUCAGCCUUCCAGUUCUAUACAAGAGGAGUCCUCCUCCUCCUCUUCCCCACGACCAAGGAGGGCAGAGCGGAGUAACACAUUCAGCAGAGAAGACAGUAACACUGGGACAGACGUGGUACCUCCGACCUCGCGCGUCAGCUCAGCAGAUGCUCGUAGUACUCGGGCAAGGCCACCAGUGCGAUUCGAUGUAGGUCUUGACGACAAUGGUGGCCCAGACGAGUUACCAGGGUUGGAGCUGUUGUCUUUCUCAGACAACGAGAGCUGUGUGGUCACUACGGCAACAAACAACUAUCAGGAUAAAGGGCGGGCUAUAAUCAGGUUCGGACAGAGAGGUACAGACUUCAUGCAGUUUACCUGGCCUCGGGGCGUAGCCACUACACGUGAUAAUAAUAUACUUGUGGCUGAUAGUAGCAAUCACCGAGUACAAAUUUUUGAUUCUGUUGGGAAAUUUGUGAAAGUUUUCGGCUCUUAUGGCCAGGGUGAAGGUGAAUUUGAUUGCCUAGCCGGAAUAGCAGUUAACAGUUUUGGUCAGAUCAUUAUUUCUGACCGCUACAAUCACCGUUUGCAAGUCUACAGUCGCCGUGGUGAAUUUGAGUUGGCCUUCGGUAUGGAGGGGUCGGAACAGGGACAGAUGCUGAAUCCCUGGGGUGUUGCCUGUGAUAACAUGGGCUUCAUCUAUGUUUGUGACAAAGAAAACCACAGAAUUCAGGUAUUCCAGUCAAACGGCAGAUUUGUCCGCAUGUUUGGAGCACCUGGACAUCGUUCCGGUCUGUUUGAAAAUCCCCAUUAUGUUGCAAUCAGCCCAGAUAACAAGAUUUUCGUCAGUGACAGCAGUAACCAUCGAAUCCAAGUGUUCUCCAUGUAUGGAGACUUCCUGUUCGCAUUCGGGUCUCCGGGGACCAUGGAAGGCCAGAUGAGAUUCCCUAAGGGGAUUGCUAUUGACGACCAAGGGUUUGUAGUGGUUGCCGACUCCGGUAACAAUAGAGUGCAGGUUUUCCGUGGAAAUGGCAGGUUCUACUGUAUGUUUGGAUCCUAUGGCAGUGACAAUGGACAAUUCAAGGGUAUUGAAGGUGUAACCAUCCUUGGUAAUGGGAAUAUCAUCAUUAGUGAUAGAGAAAAUCAUAGAAUUCAAAUUUUCUAAUUCAGAAAAUUUUUGCUUCAGUAUUAUGGAUCAUGACUGUAUGGUUCACCUAUUUUUGAUGAGAAUUUUGCUGUACUUAUAUGUAUAAUGGUGCUUGUGUGGAGAGUAGAUUUGAGUGUGUAAUCAGGGCUUACGUUAUAAUUAUAAGGAGACAUAGGUAUGCAGUGUGUGUUUGGGUUGUGAUGCUACCCAGAUUUUGUGAUAAGAUAUAUCGUACCUCAGAACGUUUCUCUGAAUAACAAGACAGCAUAGCAGAUGCUAACAUAUAAAAUGCCAGGAGAAUACACAUUUUUACAUGUGCAUUCAUAGUGAUACAGGCAUGCUGGAGCGGAGCAUGUUAAUUUUGCGCACAUCUGUUGCAGAACUUUCUGCUGUUUACAUGUAUGAUUCAUCAGCCUUCGUUGCCAUAGUUUCUCAUCAUUCCUGGUCUUCCAAAAGCUUGAAUGUUACCCGAGAGCUUGAAAAACAACACAGAAUGUCUGCAGUUUAUUGGGCCAAUUAAGUUAAUUAAACUAUUUAUAUAUCUGAGAUCUAUAGAUAGUAUCUCUACCCAGUGAGAAAAUGACCCGAGUCACCUCUAUGUCUAGAGAUUUAGUUUCUCUACUCGUCUUUAUUAAAUGCUUCCUUGCCAAUUUUAUUGAAGUAAUAGAUUUCUUUGCUAAGAUUCUUAUGUAAAGAAAACAUUAAAGGAAAAGUAACAUUUUUAGUCUCCUACUGUUGAUAUCAGGGGGACUAA